CACUUUAUUUGCGCCUGCGCUGUUGUGCCAGUCUGACCUUCAUAGAAACGAACAUGUUCGCCAGGACCAGCGCGGUGGUGUUCCUCCCACAAUGUGGGCAGGUCAGGACCAUGGCUACCUUGAAGGACAUCACCAUCCGACUGAAGUCCGUGAAAAACAUCCAGAAAAUCACCAAAUCCAUGAAGAUGGUGUCCGCAGCCAAGUACGCCAGGGCUGAGCGAUCGCUGAAGCCUGCGCGUGUCUAUGGGACCGGUGCCCUGGCCUUGUACGAGAAGGCUGAGAUCAAGGCACCAGAGGACAAGACCAAGCACCUGCUCAUUGGUGUCUCCUCUGACCGGGGUCUCUGUGGAGCCAUCCACUCCUCUGUUUCCAAGGCGAUCAAGGCCGAGAUCGCCACCCUGACCUCCUCUGGUAAAGAGGUGAUGGUGGUCAACGUGGGCGACAAGCUCAGGGGCCUGCUUCACAAGACUCAUGGCAGCCACAUUCUGCUCAACUGCAAGGAAGUGGGCCGCAAGCCCCCCACCUUCACAGACGCCUCGAUUAUUGCCUCCGAGCUGAUCAACUCUGGCUAUGAGUUCGACCAGGGCUCCAUCAUCUUCAACAAAUUCAGGUCUGUAAUUUCCUACAAGACGACCCGUAAUCCCGUGUUCUCCAAUGAAACGGUGGCUAGUGCAGAGACCAUGGGCGUCUACGAUGACAUCGAUGCCGAUGUCCUAAGGAACUACCAGGAGUUUGCCCUGGCCAACAUCAUCUUCUACGGUCUCAAGGAGUCCACUUGCAGCGAGCAGAGCGCCAGAAUGACCGCUAUGGAUUCUGCCAGCAAGAACGCUGGUGACAUGAUUGACAAGCUGACUAUGACCUUCAACCGUACCCGCCAGUCUGUCAUCACCAAGGAGCUCAUUGAGAUCAUCUCUGGUGCUGCUGCCCUGAACUGAGGGAGAGGUGACUGAGGUAAGCGGACAACCAGUCCCACCGCCUGCGUGGCCUGGCGUUCAUCCCUCCAGUACUUCAGUCAACUGGUGUCUAGAAUUGAUGGACAUACGUGCUUCUAUUUGUAUAAUACCUGUUAUCAUAAAUAAACCCCUCUUACAGAGAAA